AUAGAAACAAUGAGAAAACGGACAGAACGAGAGGGGGCUAAGGAACGAAAAACAGAGAAAUGGGGAGAGGGACAUGAAAAACAGAGGAGGACCAUUUUUCCUUUCUUCUUCUUCUUUGAAUACAUGACACACACUCAUCUUCCUUACCUCAUCUCUUCCUAAAAACUACCAUAAAAACUAUAAAGCUACUAAACCACCUGAAACACACACAAAAAAGACACACAAAUAGAAAAGAGAACAAAAAGAAACAAGAGAAAAUGGAUCUGUUUGAACACACGAAAAUGGAGUUCAGCAAAAGCUUACAAAAAAUGGAGUUCAUUGGUCUCUUUUCAUUACUCCAUUAACGUGGCUCCAAAGUAGUACACAAAGCAGCCAUUAGAGCAUCUGAUUAGUUAAGCUUUAUUCCACUCCUAAAAAAUAGUCUAUUCGAAUCCAUAAAAAUCGUUCUCUGCUAGCUCACUCUCACCGGUAUUUCGCCGAUGUUUUCCCAUCUCCAGCUAGUUUUUUUUCCCGCGUGAACAGUCCCCAAAAAAAUCCGAAAAAUCACUGCAAAGGCUGUCAUUUUUCACACAAACUAAGUAGCUCCUCCGCACUACAUCAACCACUACAAAAUGAGCCGAGUUUGAGUCGAAGUUCGAGGUUGCCGGAAAGUUCCCGUUCAUGGUCAGUUUUCGUUGUCCUUAAGAAUUAUGAGGCACGAAGUCCCCAAAUUUGGCAUGGUCACCAAUAUCCACUCAAGAUUGUUGAGUUGGUGGGAAGAUUUACAUUCUAGUGACAAAGCCCUCGUUAGAAAAUAUCUAGGUAAUCUACCAUCCCUCCUAGAGAUCCAGCCUAACAACAUGAUAAUAGAGGCUGCUAACUUAUUUUGGGAUUGUAAAAGGGUCGUGUUCCGCUUUGGGGACAUCGAAAUGACAUCUUUGCUAGAGGAGAUAGGAGGGCAGGCCGGUCUAGUAUGGCAAACCCCGGAUUUGCUAAUGUCUGAGAACCGCAUAGGCAAGAGUUUCCUAAAAAUGAUUGGUUUGAAGAAGAAUGCAGAAUUGGAAUGCCUAAAGGAAUCGUACAUCCUUUUUGACUACCUGUAUGAAAGUUACGGUCAUAGCAAAUCAUAUUGUACCUACCAUGACGAGUUUGUCAUCACAUUCUUGGGACAUAUCCAUCGUAGGGUAUUCGUCUUCAUGUUUUACUUCCUGGGUCUGAUCGUGUUUCCAAUGAAGAAAGAGAGGAUCCAUACUAGGCUGGCUAUGGUAACCAAGACCCUAAUGGAGGGGAUUGGUGGGCAGACAUUCAGCACUGUACCCAUGAUCAUCUCAGACAUAUACCGAGCCUUAGAAAAGUGUCAACGAGGAGCGAGACACUUUGAAGGCUGCAAUCUACUACUUCAGCUUUGGCUCAUGGAACAUCUCCAAAAGGGCAAAUACCGACAAGAAAUUCAGCGAAGGGCCUGGGAUGACCACACGCUUUCCACCAUCCAAAGCGAAUGAAUUACAUCCCCGACAUGUUCACUCAGCCUGAGAAUGCCAAAGAAUGGGUUGAG